GCGGUGUUUCCCGCGCAGGCUACUCCAGUUCCCGGCGUACGGCGCGGCCAUUCGUACCGCCGCCGGCGCCGCCGCCGUCAUGGGUUNGAGAUUGAGAACUUUAAGUCGUACAAGGGUAGACAGAUUAUCGGACCAUUUCAGAGGUUCACCGCCAUCAUUGGACCCAAUGGCUCUGGUAAGUCAAAUCUCAUGGAUGCCAUCAGCUUUGUAUUGGGCGAAAAAACCAGCAACCUGCGAGUAAAGACUCUAAGGGAUCUGAUCCAUGGAGCUCCUGUGGGCAAGCCAGCUGCCAACCGGGCCUUUGUCAGCAUGGUCUACUCUGAGGAGGGUGCUGAGGACCGCACCUUUGCCCGUGUUAUUGUUGGGGGUUCCUCUGAGUACAAGAUCAACAACAAAGUGGUCCAGCUACAUGAAUACAGUGAGGAAUUAGAGAAGUUGGGCAUUCUCAUCAAAGCUCGUAACUUCCUCGUCUUCCAGGGUGCUGUGGAAUCUAUUGCCAUGAAGAACCCCAAAGAGAGGACAGCUCUAUUUGAAGAGAUCAGUCGCUCUGGAGAGCUGGCCCAGGAGUAUGAUAAGCGAAAGAAGGAGAUGGUGAAAGCCGAAGAGGACACACAGUUUAAUUACCAUCGUAAGAAAAACAUCGCAGCUGAGCGUAAGGAGGCCAAACAAGAGAAAGAAGAGGCUGACCGCUAUCAGCGUCUGAAGGAUGAGGUGGUGCGAGCUCAGGUACAGCUGCAGCUCUUUAAGCUUUAUCAUAAUGAAGUGGAAAUUGAGAAACUCAAUAAGGAACUGGCUUCUAAGAACAAGGAGAUUGAGAAGGACAAGAAGCGUAUGGACAAGGUAGAGGAUGAGCUGAAGGAGAAGAAGAAGGAGCUGGGCAAGAUGAUGCGGGAGCAGCAGCAGAUUGAGAAGGAGAUCAAGGAAAAGGAUUCAGAAUUGAACCAGAAGCGGCCUCAGUACAUCAAAGCCAAGGAGAAUACCUCCCACAAAAUCAAGAAACUGGAAGCAGCGAAGAAGUCCCUACAGAAUGCUCAGAAGCAUUACAAGAAACGUAAAGGCGACAUGGAUGAGCUAGAAAAGGAGAUGCUCUCAGUGGAGAAAGCCCGGCAGGAGUUUGAGGAACGGAUGGAAGAGGAGAGUCAGAGUCAGGGCAGAGACUUGACCCUGGAGGAGAAUCAGGUGAAGAAAUACCACCGGUUGAAAGAAGAAGCCAGCAAGAGAGCAGCUACCCUGGCCCAGGAGCUGGAGAAGUUCAAUCGUGACCAGAAAGCUGACCAGGACCGGCUGGAUCUGGAAGAGCGGAAGAAAGUAGAGACAGAGGCCAAGAUCAAGCAAAAGCUGCGGGAGAUUGAAGAGAAUCAGAAGCGGAUUGAGAAACUGGAGGAGUACAUCACGACUAGCAAGCAGUCUCUAGAGGAGCAGAAGAAGCUAGAGGGGGAGCUGACAGAGGAGGUGGAGAUGGCUAAGCGGCGUAUUGAUGAGAUCAAUAAGGAGCUGAAUCAGGUGAUGGAGCAGCUGGGGGAUGCCCGCAUUGACCGCCAGGAAAGCAGUCGCCAACAGCGAAAGGCAGAGAUUAUGGAAAGCAUCAAACGCCUGUAUCCUGGCUCUGUGUAUGGCCGCCUCAUUGACCUCUGCCAGCCCACACAAAAGAAGUAUCAGAUCGCUGUGACCAAGGUUUUGGGCAAGAAUAUGGAUGCCAUUAUCGUGGACUCGGAGAAGACAGGCCGAGACUGUAUUCAGUAUAUCAAGGAGCAGCGUGGGGAGCCUGAGACAUUCUUGCCUCUUGAUUACCUGGAGGUGAAACCAACAGAUGAAAAACUCCGGGAGCUGAAGGGGGCCAAGCUGGUGAUUGAUGUCAUUCGCUAUGAGCCACCUCACAUCAAAAAGGCCCUGCAGUAUGCUUGUGGCAAUGCCCUUGUCUGUGACAAUGUGGAGGAUGCCCGCCGCAUUGCUUUUGGAGGCCACCAGCGCCACAAGACAGUGGCACUGGAUGGGACCCUGUUCCAGAAGUCAGGAGUGAUCUCUGGUGGGGCCAGUGACCUGAAGGCCAAAGCACGGCGCUGGGAUGAGAAAGCGGUAGACAAGUUGAAAGAGAAGAAGGAGCGGUUGACAGAGGAGCUAAAAGAGCAGAUGAAGGCAAAGCGGAAAGAAGCAGAGCUACGUCAGGUGCAGUCUCAGGCCCACGGACUGCAGAUGCGGCUCAAGUACUCACAGAGUGACCUAGAACAGACCAAGACACGACAUCUAGCCCUGAAUCUACAGGAAAAGUCCAAGCUGGAGAGUGAGCUAGCCAACUUUGGGCCUCGCAUCAAUGAUAUCAAGAGGAUCAUCCAGAGCCGAGAGAGGGAAAUGAAAGACUUGAAGGAAAAGAUGAACCAGGUAGAGGAUGAGGUAUUUGAAGAGUUUUGUCGGGAGAUUGGUGUGCGUAACAUUCGGGAGUUUGAGGAAGAGAAGGUGAAGAGGCAGAAUGAAAUCGCCAAGAAGCGUUUGGAGUUUGAGAAUCAGAAGACUCGCUUGGGCAUCCAAUUGGAUUUUGAAAAGAACCAACUGAAGGAGGACCAGGAUAAAGUGCACAUGUGGGAGCAAACGGUGAAAAAGGAUGAAAAUGAGAUAGAAAAGCUCAAGAAGGAGGAGCAAAGACACAUGAAGAUCAUAGAUGAGACCAUGGCCCAGCUACAAGAUCUAAAGAAUCAGCACUUGGCCAAGAAGUCGGAGGUGAAUGACAAGAAUCAUGAGAUGGAGGAGAUUCGUAAGAAACUGGGGGGCGCCAACAAGGAAAUGACCCAUUUACAGAAGGAGGUGACAGCCAUUGAAACCAAGCUUGAACAGAAGCGCAGUGACCGCCACAACCUGCUACAGGCCUGCAAGAUGCAGGACAUCAAGUUGCCACUGUCUAAGGGCACCAUGGAUGAUAUUAGUCAGGAAGAGGGUAGCUCCCAGGGAGAGGAUUCAGUGAGUGGUUCUCAGCGAACUUCCAGUAUCUAUGCACGAGAGGCCCUCAUCGAGAUCGACUAUGGUGACCUGUGUGAGGAUCUGAAGGAUGCCCAGGCUGAGGAGGAGAUAAAGCAGGAGAUGAACACACUGCAGCAGAAGCUAAAUGAGCAGCAGAGUGUGCUGCAGCGUAUUGCCGCCCCCAACAUGAAGGCCAUGGAAAAGCUGGAAAGUGUCCGAGACAAGUUUCAGGAGACCUCGGAUGAGUUUGAGGCGGCCCGAAAGCGAGCCAAGAAGGCCAAGCAGGCAUUUGAACAGAUCAAGAAGGAGCGCUUUGACCGCUUCAAUGCUUGUUUUGAAUCCGUGGCCACCAAUAUUGAUGAAAUCUACAAGGCCCUCUCCCGUAACAGCAGUGCCCAGGCAUUCUUGGGCCCUGAAAACCCCGAGGAACCCUAUUUGGAUGGCAUCAACUACAAUUGCGUGGCCCCUGGCAAACGCUUCCGGCCUAUGGACAACUUGUCAGGGGGCGAGAAAACAGUGGCAGCUCUGGCCCUGCUCUUUGCCAUUCAUAGCUACAAGCCAGCCCCCUUCUUCGUCCUGGAUGAGAUUGAUGCUGCCCUGGAUAACACCAAUAUUGGCAAGGUGGCCAAUUACAUCAAAGAGCAGUCAACUUGCAACUUCCAGGCCAUCGUCAUCUCUCUCAAGGAGGAGUUCUACACCAAGGCUGAGAGCCUCAUUGGAGUCUACCCUGAGCAAGGGGACUGUGUGAUCAGCAAAGUCCUGACCUUUGACCUCACCAAGUACCCAGAUGCCAACCCCAAUCCCAAUGAGCAGUAGCAGUUCUGCCCUGUCGCCCUAUCUGGAUCUCUAAGCUGCCCGUCUGCCAAUCUCUGGAUAUUUGGCUCCCAACCUUCCCCUCCCUCCUUUCCCUGUUUGAUAUAGUCGUGGAAUUUAGGCACUGCUGUCGAGCACAGAGGAACAGAGGUGAUGCUAGGUCUGGAGCAAAAGUUCCUAAACUACAGGGAGCAUCCUGGCCUCUGGAAGGAGGUGCUGAGCUGAACAGGGCCAUUUGUCCAUCCCCCCUUAUCCUCUCCCAAACCUCUCCUUCCAUCACCCAUAAUCAUGGGUCUAUGGGCCCCCUUGCAUUUUGCUUGUGUGUGUCCAUAUGUGUGCAUGUGUGUGUCCGUAUGUGUGCAUGUGGGUGUGUUUGCAAAAUACUGAAGAUAUUGGAGACUCAUUUUAGAAGGAAACUAGGUUGCCCCUGGCUGGUAUCGCUAAGUGGUUAGAGCGUCUACCUGUGCACUGGAGGGUCGCAGGUUUGAUUCCCGGUCAAGGGUAAAUACCUGGGU